UCACCAGCAGUUCAGUUCAUUUGCAAAGAAACCAGUGUUUCAUGGGCUACAGCAGCAGAAAGAGAAGUCUAUGCUUCAGAGUGGAACAUUACUGGAUGUUGAAAUCAGGUUUCGAGGCAUCAUCCUUGUGUCUUAUGCUCACUGAGGUUGUAGGCUUUUGUGUAGCAGGUCACUCGGUGCUGUGUUGUUAAGUUGCAGGUCGUGCUGUUUAGAUUUUUAACACUCGACAUGAGUAAGUAUCACAGUGAGCUGACUCAGAAGGAGCAGGAGUUACUGAAAAUUCGCAGAGACAGCGACACUAAGGCUGCCGAACUUGUCAAGAUGGAGAAGAUGCUGCAGCAGACCAAGAACCUGUUGGACAAGAAGACAGAGUCUGGUUCAGAGAGCAUGGGCUACCAGGAGAACAUGGUGGAGGACCUGGAGGAAAAAGUGCGCUCCAGCAGGCGCUACAGGAGAAACUCCCUCCAUCACACGCAGAUGCUGGAGAGCCAGAUGAAAACAGUGAAAGGCGAGCUGGUGGGCACACUGGACCAUCUUCAGGAGCUGAGGAACGUCUUGCGCCGUUCACAGCAGAAAGCAGAAGAGCGCAAAGCUGCGAUGGAGAAGCUGGCAGCAGGGCUCAGCUCCGGGGAUCAACUCCAUGUUAUUGCUUCAUGAACCCGAUUUUAAUGAAUUCAACCCUGCCAAUAAUAACAUGUAAGUUGUCUUUUGUAAUGUAAGGUUCAUUAACUAAUUAGUCAGUGUGAUGUUAUUAAAUUCUUAUAAACUAAUUAGACUCAUGUUGUAUGAAUUGUUUCUAGGGCAAUAAUAGCUACAUUUGUAUCUACAAUAUUUCAACAGAAUAUACAGUAUAUGUGAUAAACAGCACAGAGAUCAUUUAGCUUUAAUAUCUUUGUAAGACUGGCGUAUAGGAAAAAACAGCUGUACCAACUUGUCUUUUAAAUUAACUUUGAUAAUUUACUGUCAGAAGCGCACAAAUAAAUCAUUCUGAGAUGUGAACAUUAAAUGGUGUGUUACAGACAGAUCUGAGAAGUUUUAUGCAGAGAAAAACGCAGCUGCGUGUCUUUUUUUGCGGUGUAUUUUUUCCCAGAUGACAGGAAAGUGUCUUUCAGUGUUUCGACGCCCUCUGGGAUCAAUAGCCUGUUGUCUGUUCCCUGCGGUGAGUCAUCUGAAAGCUGUAUUUGUGCCUUCCCUGUGGCUGAGAUGUGAUCACACCUAAUUUAGCACAGCUUGUUUCACACAGUGUCACAUGCUGUGAGGCUGUGGAGGGAUUUCAUUCGUUGACCUAGACAUUUAACUGUUAUUAUAACACCAUUACAGGGCAAAGACUGCGUUCUUGGAUUUACUUUUCCUAAUUUUGAUUUUGGGUGAUGCUAUCUGCUUGCUUAUCAAGUCCAAAACACUUUCAUAAUUCUGCUCACAUGUAUGCAAUGAUUGUAAUAUUAUAGAUAAUUAUGUGAA